AUGGGACGGUUCCAUGGGAAAAAGAAGUACAAAGUCAACUACUUGCCGUUACACUGUGCUGAUAACGCGCUCGGUAUUCACUCCUACAUUGCAGAACUGGCGACUUUGAUGAAAAAAUCGAAACUCCCGACCACGUUCCAUGACAUGCGUCAGAAAUGGCUGCAAUUUGCCAAAAACAAAUCUCACGCUAUUACGAGCGAUCUCCAGCGACAUACGACCUGUAUGGAAGUGUCACGACAUGUGUUGGAGUACCAAGUCCGGGAUCUCAAGCGACGACUCGAAACGGCUGAAGCGACCCUCGAAGCACAGGUUUCGAAGCAACGUCGCCUUGCCGCGAAGGUGUACGAUGAAUUUCCAGCACGCCCACACGACUAA